CCGCUGCCGCCGCCACCGCGACGUCGCUUGUCCUCGUCGCCCGCCGCCAGACCAAGACGUCACCACGCUAUGGCGACGCUUACACCACACUUAUGAGCAACGAGGCAACGCAGCUUCUCUCAGUCCCACCGAUCCAGACGGCUACGCUCUACGAGCGCGUCGACGUGCCGGCGCUCAAGGCGCGGACGGCGGCCAUCGUCGCGCAGAACCCGUGGCUGCUCGGACGAUUGGCCUACGGCCCAGCCAACACGCUCGAGCUACAGUACGAGACGUCGCCGAGCAACAUCUCGGAGGCGUUCGUCGAGGUUCAUUGCCCGCUGCCGGCGAACGCGCCCGAAGAGCAAGUCGCGGCGUGGCUAGCCCACGCGGCCUCAGUCUUCCAGGUUGUGACCGCGCACUUGGUCAACGGGUCGGUGGCCGUUGUCGUUGCCCUCUGCCACGCCGUCGGCGACGGCUCGACGUACUACCGCCUGUACAAGAUGCUCGACGUCCACGAAGCACCGGUGGCGCUGACGCCCGUGCGUGCGUUUGAGGACACGGCGGCGUUUUUCGGUGCGCUCACGCCGCACACGGCGCCAGCGAUGCGUACACUCUUCGUGCUGCGGCGCGCGCUUGUCAACGUUGUCCGGUACGGCUACCGAAAGCUGCUUUUCCGGUCGCUGCCGCAGAUCGUCGAGUACCGUGUGGAUGCUACCGCCCUUGCCGCCAUCAAGGCCGCGCACGCUCCGAGAAAGGACGCGCCAUACCUCUCAACCAAUGAUAUUGUGGCCAGCGCGUUCUUCAAGAUGACGUCGACGGCCCUCGGACUCUUGGCCAUCAACCUCCGCGAUCGGUUGCGCCUUUCACCGAGCGCGGUGGGCAAUUACGUCGGCUGCUUUGUCUACGCCCGAGGCGACUACCUCGACCCAGCAGACGUGCGUGCAUCGUACCACGACAAGACGGCGCCGCAAGUGAAAAUGUCGUCGGAGCCGUUUCCGACGAGCCUCUUCAGUCCCGGCCACUUUUCAGUGAUGACCAAUUGGUGUUCGUUCUACCACCACCUCGUGCUGGACGGGAAUGUGACGCCGACAGCGCAUCUGCCGCUCACCCGACAUGGACUGCUGCCGUUCGAUGCCACGGGGCUCCUGUACCACCGAUCGCCGAGCGACGUGCGUCUCGUGGUGACGCGCAACGCGUCGACGCCGCUCUCGGUGCCGUCGUUCUUGCAGCUCGUGUCGUCGUAA